AAAUUACAAUCUCUUUUAUUAGUUGCUUGCAGGAGCGAUGUCUGCCACACACUAUAUUGCAAUGCUGUUCGCUAUGGCCUUGGACCGAAUCGGACCACAAAACAGCCUUCGAGUGUGCGCGCAGUACUCUUCGCUGCACUUGCCUUACAGCAUCAACUUUGAUGAGGAGGUCCUGCAGAACCCAUCGAAAAUUUACAUUUAUGAAAAGUUUUUCGAAACACUUGCUUACGCCGCCCAGGAUGACGAGUUUAACAACACGGACGGGAUGCCAAUCGAGUUCCUGUUAAUGUUGCAACGAAUCAGCUAUGAUUUCGCUUCAGUUCGCGAUACAUUCGAGACAGGCAUUACCAAUAUGGAAACAUGUGCAACUUGUCGGAGCCUUAUCGGCAUCCUGACCUCAGUACGAAAGAUGGUCUCUCGAUCUGUAUUUUACCGAGGUAUCGGCUUUAUUUGUCAGUGGUUCCGCCUGAAUACACCAACAGUUUGCGCUGGACUCAUUAAGAAUUACGAGGAUGAAAUUGAUUUUAUCAUGGACGAAACUGGUAAACGGGGUAUUACCACUGAGGAGUCGUGUACUCUUGUAUUUGGCCCUUCAUGCGGCACCCUGUCGUCAGAAUAUCACAACUGGUCCAUCAAUUCCAAUGAGCUAACGCCCAGCGUGUCAGAAGAUUCUACUGCUCAGACAGCGACAGUAGCGCUUGAUCCAGUGGUUUUAUUCUUCGAAGAGCUUCAGCAUAUAGCCAACGAAAAAAACCAGAUCGACCAAACAAGCUAUGAGGGAGAGCAGAAAAUUAGAGCAAAUGAUGAGUCUUACGGUAUUCUCCACAUAAGUGAUACACAUUUCGAUCCGGAAUACGCAGUGGGGAGCCUUGCCAAUUGUUCUGAGCCUCUGUGUUGUCAAAAAGCAAGUGGGACACCUGCAAAUCCGGCGGAAGGUGCCAAGCCCUGGGGAGAUUACCGGCGAUGUGAUCUUCCCCAACAGACGUUUGAAAGCAUGUUAGAACACGUCUACGAUAAAAUGUCCGAUCAGGUAAGCUUUGCUUACUGGACAGGUGACCUUCCCGCUCAUGAUCUCUGGAAGCUUAGUCAGGCGACGAAUGAGCAUAACUUCAAAAUGACCUCGGAUCUGCUACAAGAUACAAUAGGCCAAAUUGGCGGCGGGAGCUUUAAAAUUUAUCCCACCAUCGGCAAUCACGAAAGCGUUCCGCCAAACAUGUUCACGAAAUCUACGACCGUCGGAAAAGGCGAGGCAGCUCCUCGUUUUCUUAAGAAAACGCAACGUCUUUACGAUUUCCUUUGGGAGUCCUGGAAGCAAUGGCUGCCCGCUGAAGCAGAGCAGACCUUCCGUAAAUCAGGAUAUUACAGCGCGAAGCCUCUACCAGGACUUCGAGUCAUUUCGCUUAACACCAACUAUUGCUACUACUUUAAUUUUUGGUUAUUGCUCGAUUCGCGGGAUCCUGCCGGGCAGCUGGUAUGGCUCGACAAGGAGUUAGCUGAGUCGGAAAAGCUUGGAGAAGCUGUACACAUAAUCGGCCACGUUCCCCCAAGUCUAGCGGAUUGCGUGCAAGUGUGGAGCACUGAAUUUCAUUCGCUUGUACACAGGUACCGGAAGACAAUAAAGGCCCAAUUCUACGGACACACGCAUUAUGAUGAGUUUAUCGUGUACUUCGACAAAGACACUCGUGCAGUUCCAAUCAACAUUGCUUAUAUUGGGCCUAGCGUCACGACCUAUUCCUAUCUAAACCCGAGCUUCCGGAUCUAUCGCUCCAACGCAAAAACAAACAACAUUGUCGACCACGAGACGUACUUCCUCAAUUUGACGCAAGCAAACGCCGAGAACCGUGCUGAGUGGCAGCUCGAAUACUCUGCUCGGAAAGAUAUUCCACUUGAAGAACUGACCCCCCGCCAUUGGAGCAACUAUGUGGACAGGAUGGCCCAGAACCCGGCCGAAUUUGAAAGGUUCUACACCCGAUUCUUGCACUCUUCCGACGAAGACUUCCCGUGUGAUGAGCGCUGUGCUCGUCGACAGCUCUGUCGAAUGAAGACAGAUAUCGCUCAUGAUUAUCGCGUCUGUGGACAAAACAGUUCCGGCCUGUUGGACUCGAUUAUGAAUUGGAAUCUAACCUCGGGCAUGGCAUUGGAUGGUCUGAUCUCGGCGUUAAACGAAACCAACGACCAGAAAAAACAAACGCAUCCCGUUAAACUUGGCCCGUUCUGGUCUGCCGUCCAUUACUUAACUCAGUCCGUCGCUGCUUUCUUCCCAAGCUUCUAUGUGGCGCACAACAGCCCUCCGAACCUAUACAAUAACCAAUGGGAUCUCGAGCUAUAACGAUGCUUGCAGAUGUAAUCAUCUCUCAAGUCCCCAUCUGUUGGUUGUUAAAAUCGAACCGGAACGCUCUCGCCGAUGUGACGCGUCCACAACGAAAAAACUAGAGAAGAUUUCGUCCGCUCGAGCUAAUAUUGCUAUUGAUAUGCAUGCAUGUAUCGAAUGAAUAAAUCAAUUAUUUUGA